AUGCGUGGUGCGGAAGAUCAAUUUGAUAAGCACAGUUUGCGCCAUCUCGACUUACUCAAUGAGCCUUAUGAUUAUUCAUCAAUUAUGCAUUAUGGACCGUAUGCAUUUAGCGGUAAUGGACGUCGAACAAUUAUUGCUCUAAAGCCUGGUGCAGGUAGAAUGGGACAACGUGAAUCAUUAUCAAAAAUCGAUAUACGAAAAAUCAACAAAUUAUAUUCUUGUCCACGAAAAUCAGGACAAGAAAUUAUUGAUGAAAAUUCCAAUGGUGAUAACGCUGAGCCUACCGUUGAAUGUACUGAUAAAAGUUGGCGAUGUAUCAUUUGGUCGUUAUCAAUUUUCGAUUAUUGCUCAAGCAGCGAGACAAUUGCUAAUGAUUUAUGCCCAAAAUCAUGUGGUACUUGUUCUGAUCAAUCAAUAGAUCAACCGACAACACCGAUAACAACAACAACAACAACAACAACAACAACAACAACAACAACAACAACAGCAACAACAACAACAAAAACAACAACAGCAACAACAGCAAUAAAAUCUGGAGUAGAAUCGAUAACAUUUGAUUUACAAUCAGAAUUGUCAACUGAUACUAAUAUCAAUACUGCGGAAAGACGACUUUUAACUACUACCACUGCCACUACCACUUCCAGUACUACUCUAUCAACAAGCAUUUCUGAAAGUACUAGAACAACAAUUUGCCGUGAUCUCGAUUAUUCAUGUCCGUUAUUGGUGAGAAUGAUUGAUUGUGAUGAUUCUUUCCCAUAUUAUUCGAUGAAAGUUAUUUGUCCCUUUUCUUGCGGUUUUUGCUCGGAUAAUAACGCUAAUAACAACAGCAACAACAAUAACAACAACAAAAACAAUAAAACACCAAAGAAAUCGGUAAAAUUAUGUGAAGAUCGAGGAAGUUAUAUAACAUGCAAAUUCGUUCUUUUUUUCAAUGAAUGUGAUGAAAAAAUGAAUUUAUGUGCGAAAACUUGCGGUAAUUGUUAA